GACAAUAUGAUAAAACCUGAUAAAUCAGAGUCAGUUAAGGUGGUAAUACGAUGUCGUCCAAUGAAUAAAAAGGAAUCGGAUGCAGGUUACCAUAGAUGCGUUUUUCUGGAUGUUCCAAAAGGCAUGAUUGAAUUAAAAAACCCUACAAGUAAAGCCAAUGAUGUCAACAGGCAUUUUACUUUUGAUGCUCAACUUGAUUUAUACGAAGAAACAUUUAGGGACUUAAUUCAAAGCGUUUUGGAAGGCUUUAAUGGAACGAUUUUUGCGUAUGGUCAGACAGGAACGGGGAAAACCUUUACUAUACAGGGUUUGAAAGACGAUUUAGAAUUAAGAGGAGUUAUUCCAAACUCCUUCCAGCACAUCUUUGGCCACAUAGCAAACUCAAAAGAUGCUCAAUAUCUUGUCCGUUCUAGCUAUAUGGAGAUUUAUAAGGAGGAACUUAGAGAUCUUCUUAAUAAAGAUACAACUAAGAGCUUAGAAAUUAAGGAAAAGCCAGACUCAGGAAUAUAUGUUAAGCUAUUCUUUGCAUUAGGAUUUAUCAUCUGUACUUACAAAAAGCAUAAAAGAAAUCGAAAAAGUUAUGAAUAUUGGCUAUCAAAAUCGCUCUGUUGGGUAGGUUCCUGUUUAUCAACAUGGUCACCAAUGAAGAAUUUUCCUUCUGACAGUGCUACCAAUAUGAAUGAGCAUAGUUCACGUUCCCAUGCCAUAUUUAUAAUCACAAUAGAAUCUUCUGAGAAAGGAGACGAUGGAAAGAACCAUAUUCAUGUAGGCAAACUUAAUCUUGUGGAUCUGGCUGGAAGUGAAAGACAAUCAAAAACUCAAGCAGAAGUAAGGAAGUACUUUUAG